AUGACUAUCGGCAUUGGAGCAUUGGAACAGAGUGGGGAGAUUUCCCAAUUAAUCGAAGAUGUACAAAGACUGCAGUCAAGUAUCAGCAAACUACAAGAGAGUUCUGCAAACCAAAUAGCAAGACUAGAGGAAGAGUUAGACCAUAAGAGGCAGCACAUUUCAAGGCUGGAAGCAAGAUUGGAUGCCCAAAGAGACUAUGAGGAACUGAAGCGUCAGCUAAGUUUCUUGAAGUCAAUAGAACUACCCCCCAACAGUGAUGGGGAUGUGAAGACUUUGGAAAGUUUGCUCUUAGAGAGGACCAAGACAGGCCAGCAUUCUGAGAGCAACAAGGCACCCCCAUGUUCAACCCCUUCUGAUAUUCAUGGCUCUACAGACAUGAAUACAGAGUCCAGUGCAUCCCAGCUAUUCCCUGCACCUGCACCCCCUCCACCCCAGCCACCUCUUCAGAAUGUCGAGACGUUCGGUUCAUUCUUAGGAGAAGAGAUUGUGGCCAACUGGAGACGGUCUCUAGAACGGACUAUUCUCAGUCAAGGUUCUCUUCCACAUCACCUGGCUAGGGCCGGACUGCCACCCCCAGAGGGAAGGUCAUCCGUUGGUGGUCCUCUCGCUUCUUCUCCGAUCAACGCCUCUCCUCCACCUUCUCACACACCGACCUCUAACCCCGACGAUGCUGGCAAAUUGAGGUUUGAGGAGCAAGAGAGAGAACGAGAGCGGGAGAGAGACAAGGAGAGUGCUGAGAGAGAGCAUGAGCCUGCAGUCACUUCCUCCUCUGGUAGCCAUCGACCUUCCAGCUCACCUGCAGUAUCGGGUGACGUUCAACUCAACGGCAGCUCUACACCUUGCAAGAGUCCAGCGGCAGAGUCCGAUGGCUUCAACAACAACUCUCCCCACCUCAAUAACAACAACAACAUGCCCGGAAGUCUAGUCAAUGGUUUUUGUGGUCUCAGUGUUGGCCUGAACAAUAAUGUUCUUCAUCCCUCGUCGCAACUGAACUUCAAUGACGUCAUGAAGAGUCCCUUUCGAUUCGAUGACCGUUCUCCUUUCCGAUUUGGCAAUGACGAACCGGGAUCGAUAGUGAGCCGGUUUGGUGAAUCGUUGAUCCCAAAAAGUGAUCCGAUGGAAGCACGCCUACAAGAAAUGUUGCGGUAUAAUAUGGACAAAUACUCUACCCAGAAUCUGGACACACUACAUAUCGCCCGAAGAGUGCGAGAGUUGUUAUCUAUUCACAAUGUUGGCCAGCGAUUGUUUGCCAAAUAUGUGUUGGGACUGUCUCAGGGCACUGUGUCUGAACUGCUGUCCAAACCCAAACCAUGGGACAAGCUCACAGAGAAGGGAAGGGAUAGCUACCGCAAGAUGCAUGCUUGGGCUUGUGAUGAUAAUGCUGUCCUGCUUCUCAAGUCCCUCAUACCAAAGAAAGGGGUUGGUCCAGGCAAGGAUAGUGGCAUACCAGCUAUGUUUGCUCGCGAAGGAGAGAUGACUGAAGAAAGGAUUGCUCACAUUCUGAGCGAAGCAAGCCAAAUGAUGAAGACUGAAGAUAGUCUUCAUAGCAAUGACGACAGUCGUUCACCUACCCAGCCACAGCAAUGCCCAUCCCCCAUGAACAAAGGAGGUGACAACUCUCAAAACAGGAAGCUGAAGAAGUAUGAAAAUGACGAUAUUCCUCAGGAGCAAGUAGUGAGGAUAUACCAGGAGGAAUUGGCUAAACUGAUGGGGAGGAGGUUCGAGGACUCCAUGAGGGGAGAACAACCUUACCCUGGACUGCUGUUCCCCCACUUCUUCGGAGGAGGAGCUGGAGCGCCAGGAUCUGCUGAAGACAUCCGGAUGGCCCUGGACGCCUACCACCGAGAACUGGCCAAGCUGAACUCCCAGUGUGGCGUAGUCCCAGGCGGCCUGCUGGCACUACAGCACCAGGCGCUGAGUCAACAACAGGCGCAGGCACAGGCGCUCUCUGGACACCACAACGGUAUGGCCCAAGACCUAUCCUUACCAAAGGAGCGCAAGGAGGCCAAACUUCCGAAUGGUGAGCUCGAGUCAGUGCGCCAUGUUAGGCCGAAGGCUGAACCAGGUAUGUCCGCUGGAAGCUCUGCUAGUUCACCCCUUGGCAAUUCCAUUCUUCCUCCAGAAGACUUCUCCCCCUCAGCAGCAGUCAGUCCUCUUCAGAGGAUGGCUUCUAUAACCAACGCUCUCAUCUCUCAACCCACCACACCCCAUCAUCACUCACCCUCCCAGCGACCUCUCAAGGCUGUGCUUCCUCCCAUCACCCAGCAGCAGUUUGACCAGUUCAACAACCUCAACACUGAAGAAAUUGUGAGAAAGGUCAAGGAGCAGCUGAGUCAAUUUUCCAUCAGCCAAAGGUUGUUUGGAGAGUCAGUGCUUGGUCUCUCGCAAGGCAGCGUCUCUGAUCUCCUAGCUCGUCCCAAGCCAUGGCACAUGCUCACGCAAAAGGGCCGAGAACCGUUCAUCCGAAUGAAGAUGUUUCUGGAAGAUGACAAUGCUGUUCAUAAACUUGUGGCCUCUCAGUACAAAAUUGCCCCCGAGAAACUGAUGCGCACUGGAGGAUAUGGAAUCAAUUCUCCAGGGUCAUCCAUAUCAAAGCCACUGCCUCCAAGCUCCGGGAAAAUGCCUCCGAUGCCACCCUCACUGGAUAUGAAGCCAGGAGAGAUGGCACUGAACCACCUGAGCUACUUGCAUCCUCCGCAGCAGGCACCGCCACCACCACCUCCCCCACAUCAUAUACCCCCGCCUCAUCACCUGCAGAUGAAUCACAGUGUGGACCACCUCAAGAAGACUCACACCCCGUCUAUGCAGCCCCAGUGUGCCACAAUGCCCCCACACCAGGUCAAUGCGGGGAUGAGGCUAGGUCAGCAGGUCGCUCCCUCAGUCUACGAGAUGGCUGCUCUCACUCAGGAUCUGGACACUCAGACCAUCACCACCAAGAUCAAGGAGGCCCUCCUCGCCAACAACAUCGGACAAAAGAUUUUUGGAGAGGCAGUGUUGGGGCUGUCUCAAGGAUCUGUGAGCGAACUCUUGUCAAAACCAAAGCCUUGGCACAUGCUGAGCAUCAAAGGGCGAGAACCGUUCAUCCGUAUGCAGCUGUGGCUGUCAGACACAAACAACAUCGACAGGCUACAAGCAAUCAAAACUGAGAGGCGAGAACUCAACAAACGGAGAAGAGGGUCGGGACAGCAAGACAACAGCAGCGAUACCUCCUCCAAUGACACAGCAGAAUUCUACCACAGCAGUGCUAGUAGUCCACCGUCAGCCGCAAAGAAACAGAGGGUGUUGUUCUCAGAGGAGCAGAAGGAAGCACUCAGACUGGCCUUCGCCUUGGACCCCUACCCGAGCUUAAGUACCAUCGAGUUCUUAGCCAACGAACUGACAUUGGCCUCACGCACCAUCACUAACUGGUUCCACAACCACAGAAUGAGGCUAAAACAACAGUCUCCUCAUGGUGGGGAUUCAGGUCAAGCUAACAGGGAAAACCAAGGAUCAGGGUUCGAUCCUAACCAGUUCCGAAUGCUUCUCAGUCAACGUUUAGGCAUGAACCCUAUUCCCAUGCCAUUCCCUACUCCCUACUUCCCACCUAACCCCGAGUUAGCGGCUCUUAUGCAAAGAGGUAUUCUACCUAUGAGAGAGCAGGACUCUGGGCUGGAUCUCACGGUGAAACAUGAAGCCGGUUCGGACGAUGAAGACAACGAGAGUAGGUUAGAUUCCGAAGAUUCAAAUAUCGGAGUACCGGAACUUCCUCAACCACCUUCCGGGUCGAGUAGAAGAAAACCUGCAGCACCUCAGUGGGUGAACCCCGACUGGCAAGAGGAGUCGGAAGUUAUCAUCAACGGUGUGUGUGUGAUGCAAACGGACGACUACAAUGAGAGGGAGCGAGAGGGAGAGACUGUGAGGGUAGAACCGACUCCAGUAGCCGAGGAGGAGGAACAGAGAGGGUCUACUCUCCCGUCACCUGCGUCCCUACCUCUAGAUGUACAGCUAAAGAAAGAACCUUCCAACGAAGAAAACCAAACAGUUGAGGAUGAGAAAAUGUUACAAACUGUAAAAGAAGAAAAGUGGGAUAGUGAAUUUUAAUAAAAUUUCCCAUUGAAUAUGGAAUUGAAACGGGUAAAUGUUAAUUGUGCGGUGUUUAUAAUUACGUAAAAUGCAAUUCUGUUUAUAUGUUAAUAUACGAGUGGUAAGACAUCUUUUGUUUAAUUCAUAAUAUCAUUUGAUAACACCGCAACACCAGUUUAAUAGUUGAAAUUACUUAAACAUAUUUUAUAAACACUGAAAAUGUUGUCACAUUUCAGUGAAGAAUUGAUCUCUUAGUAUUUGAGACCUUUGAAACCAAAAAAGCACAAAACUGUACAACAAUCGAACGUUAUCACAAUGUGCUUAGUUAUGAUAUGCCUAUUUCAUAUCAGUGAUGUUUUUGGAUGGACGUUUUCACGAAUCCAGUGUUUUUAACAAUGUUUGUUCGAAAUUGUGUAUUUAAAUCGAACAGUAUUUGUAUCCGAAAGUGCAAAUAUCAAAACUGCAUUCAAGUGAUACAUAAAGUUCAAUACUUUUGCAGGCCUAACACUAUGGCCUGUAAAUUACAUGUAUAUUACCAUUUACGAUGGAGUUAAUAUCAAAAGUGCAAUCAUUGAUAAUAUUUAUGUAGUUAAUUUAGUUUAUUAUUCUUUUAUCGUAUUUUGAAAUCUUUUAAAGAUUAGCCCGGUGUCUCAGUAUUUUUCUGUCACCAGGGUAUUUAUUGUUUGUAAAUAUAUUGCUGUUGCAUGUAGCCAUUCUUGUAAUAUAUGUUAAGAUCAAAAUUGUUUUUCUUGUACUUUUUUCUUGUUGUGUGUAUAUGUUAUGUUGGGAGUUGUUGAUAUAAUCAAAGAUGAUAAAUAAGACUGGUUAUCACUGUUAGUUAUGAUGUCACUUAGUUCAACUCUUGACAAGUACAAUCGGAAGAGAUGAUUUUUGUUUUCACUUUAAGUAUAAAUAUAUAUUAUAUAUCUUGUUUUCCUUCGACGUUGAUAAUGUAUCCUUAUUAUUGUGAUAAUACGAAUACGAGCGAAUGUUAUAUACGUAGGUGAUCGCUUGAACAUUGUUUUUAUAUAAAUAGGAAAAGGAUAUCGAAAGUAAUCUCUUAGGAAUCUGAGGGGUAAACAUUUUUUUUUCACAAACUAAACCGUUUAAAUUUGUACAUAAAUUAAACCCCUACAUUUCUGUCGGGCUGAAGCGUAAAAUUUGUCUUAACUUUUUUCCAUUUUAGGUUAGAAUUCAAAGUAAAAUAUGUAUCGGAUACGGUUCGAACAAAGUGUAUUCCAACUCAAUAUUAAAGGUAUGCUUGUGACGUGUGUCUGUGUGUCGUAUGUUUUGUACAAGACUAAGGUGGUCAAACCAGUGGUGGUAAGCUAGCCAGUCUAUAGUGACCACUCGUCAUAGAAUCAUAUCAUAAAAUACCUCACUCGCUGCUGUAGCUUUUUAAUUUUUAUAGACAAAUUUUGUUUCCCCGUCAGAUAGAACAGAACUAUGUACUCGUACUCGAGAAACAGAUAAAGUUAUAGCAUUUCACAUGGGCAUUUCUCCAUUCCUCGACUAUAGGAAUGUUCGAAUUAGAUACGAUAAAUACUGUGUAUUCAAAUAUUCCACUGGUAUAAAUAUAUAUAUAUUUUGCUCACAAUGUUUAAAAUUGUAAAGACGAAGAAAACAUCACUCGAGUGAUAUUUUUCUAAAAGAAUCUUAGUUCGCAAUGAUGUCCUCUAGUCUUCCUAAAAAGUCUAGUCCAACUCAUCCCCAGCUGGACUUUAGAACUAACCUCUCUUCUUCUUCUUUACGUUAUUUAUUUAGGUUAGCUGUCUGAUGACUUAUUAGAAGAGCGGACAUGCAUCAAAAUGAUCUCACUUGGCACAAAAUGUGCUCAAACGAUUUGUCCUAUCAGUACAUAAUUUGUGGUCAAUCGCUAUUGCCAGUAUUCUACAAAGAUUUUAUUUUAGACUGUAAGGAACUGAAAAUUUGGAUUUAUAAAAUAUUGUUACAAAGCUUUAUCCUGUCACAGUUUUCUAUCUCAGUUUCCUUUAGUAAUAUAAUUCUCAAACGGUGAUGCGCUUUUUUAUUUAUUCUUUGAAAGAGACCAUUUAUUUAUUGAUAUGUUGUGAUGCAGUAUUAUCCUCUAUCGCAUUAUAUAAUAGAUAUAAAUAAAUAUAAAUAUAUAUAUAUAUACGGUAUUAAUUAAGCUGGUCCAUGACCAUCAGACAGCGUAAUGUACAGUUUUCAACAAACGUAGUUGUAAAUAAAAUCCAAAGAUUGUUUACAUUAGACACUAUAUACUAUUAUAAUUGUCAUCAUUAUCUCUUUCUAAUAUGUUAACUGUUUUUAUCUGUUUUUCAUUAUAAAUACCAUUGUUGAAAAAUACAUGUAUUCGAUUCUUUUUAUACCUACAGUUAUAGUUUUGUUAUUGUGAUCGAGGUAUUGUUGAUCGGUUAGCUUUCUUUUGUGAUUUUCCAUUAGCUUUGGACUUCAAUGACUCAGUUGGGUUCUAUUUGUUUUAUAAUAUUUAUUUUCUCUAAUUUUACCAAAUAUGUUAAGCAUUUCAUUCCUUGGAAACCAAAAUUAUGCAAAUAUAAAGAAAAUUGUUUUAUUAGUCGUAUUUCUUCAUUGUAACAACAAUAUUUUUCUCUUUCACUACGUAUGAUUACUACAACCUGAAUGUAAAUAAUUCAU